AUGGCGCGCAACUCUCGUUCUAUCGACAUGAACGCCUUGAGGCCUGGCACUCCCGGAUCCUUCGGCACAGGUGCCCGUACUCCUCACAGUACACUCGAAUCUUACGGGCACGGCUCCGCUACCCCCACAGCCGAAGAUGGCCUCAUGCAACACCAGCAAAUGCAAGGGAGAGGUGGCGAUGGCACGUACUACUUUGACAAGGAGGGAGGUGCUGGAACAGGCGCCGGAGUUGGCGCCGCAGCGGCCUCAUCUGGUCGGGCUGCCCGCGCCGGCGGUCCACUCGGCUUCAUUAAGCGCCACCCCUACAUCACUGGUCUUGUCGCCUUGAUCGCCCUGGUCGCCAUCGGUGUCGGUGCGGGUGUUGGGGGCAGCAUGGCUUCCAAGAAUGCAGACGGUACAAGCAACGCAGCGACGAAAGGUAGCAACUCUGGCUCCUCUUCCGGCUCUGGUUCAUCCGGCAAGGGUGGAAGCAGCGGCAACACCAAUGCCAACACUACCGACCCCAACGCUCCCGUCACAGCACUGCCCAGGUGGAACUUCACAGAUCCCAACCAAAAGAUGGUCGGCGUCAACAUUGGAAAUUGGCUUGUGCUGGAACGUUGGUUGGAUGAGGACUGGUUCACUCAGACGGCAGGUGACAACGCCUAUGACGAGUGGGACUUUUCUCAAAGCCUUGGCAACAAGGCUCUGUCCACGUUGCAAGACCACUGGAAUACUUGGGUAACAGAAGCCGAAAUUGACACGCUGGUCGCGGCUGGUAUCAACACGUGAGCAUUGAGGUCGCUUGUACAAUGUCGGGCAUUCCGAUCUUAGUGCUGACAUGUGCCGUGAAUGUCUACUUGGCAGAUUCCGUCUCAACGUCGGACACUGGGCUUUCAUCCCAGCGGCGUCAGGCGAACCCUAUCUCGCCAUGUCUGGGCAAAAGGAGCAGCUCGACAAGAUGCUUGGCUGGCUCUACGACCGCAAAGUCUAUGCCAUCAUUGACCUGCACGGAAUGCCAGGAUCUCAGAAUGGUGACCAGUCCAGCGGACACCGAGGAAACAUCGGCUGGUUCACCCAAGACAACAUUGGUCGCUCUUAUGACACUGUCAACGCCGUCGUGGCGUGGCUCUCAAACCACAAGUACAAGUCUGUUGUGCACUCUGUGGGCAUCAUCAACGAACCUCAGUCGCACAAUGACGACGACAGGCUUCAAAUGCUCAGAAGUUAUUACGAAGGCACUUACCAGAUCUUGAGCAAGGCCGGACUCACAACCUUCUUCCACCACGCUUUUGUCAACAACCAGAAGCCGCUUGACUACUGGCGCGACUUUGCCACCGGCAAGGAUCCCAAUUUACUUGUCUACGAAGACCACCCUUACCCCGGCUACUUCCCUCUGAACAAGGACGCUAGCUCGAUUGUCAACACGUGAGUUGACGUCGCAUCUGGGUAACUUUUGCGUGCUCCAUCUGACCAUAGCCUGAAUUGCUCCAUAGUAUUUGCGACCUUGCGCAACAGUCUGUGGGCUAUCCGGUUCCAGUGUCCUACAUGGAGUGGAGCGCGGUCAAUGGCGUCGAACAAGAUGGGUUCACCCAGUCUUACUACAACACCCAGCUCUCCGCUUUUGCCUGGUCCGCCGGUUCUACAUUCUGGACCUUCAAGGCAAAGCACAGCAGCAACCCGCGAGAGGCUAUCGCAAGCUACUUGAUGGAUGAAUACAGUCUCGUGACCUUGAUCGCGAACGGAAUUGUGGCCAAGACGGCGAACAAAGAUCAAUCGCUGAGCACGAUCAAGGCUCUGCCUAACCAACAAUGCGGCAACAUUCCAGUUGCAAGCUGGUCCAACCCCUCCAAGACGGGUGCUGGCUACAGCGGUCGCCGUCGAGACAUCUCUGAAGAGGUGGUCCCCCAACAGCACCUUGUUCGUCGCAUGCGAAGCAAGCGCUCCAUGAGCGCCUAA